GAGAGAAGCAGAGAGAUGGGAGGCUGCUUGUCACUUCCAGCUCCGUGCCUGGAAUGAGGGCUCCUCGGUCAUUCAGGUGAAGCCAGGAGGGAUAAAAAAGGAGGACCCGAGCAAAGGGAAGCGGGGGCUCUACCGAUCACCCUUCUGCACCUCCAGAGGAGGAGGGGCAGCAGCAGCAAAGUCCCGGCCCCUUCUCCCUCCCCCUGCUUUUGAAUGAAGGGAUCAGAGAAACCACUGGAAGAAAAUUAAACAUAAAAAUCCAGCCCUCUCCCCCAAAUGAAAUACAAGAAGCAGGAGAGGAGCCCGUCCUGCGAGUCCCCUGAUGCUGCAGCGGCUCGCCAUUGUUAGCAGCACUUGGGGGCCAAGAGAAGAGGAGGAGGAGGAAGAUCUCAGCCUCCCUGCCGAGAUCCCGGAGGGCGACGCUCCCCCGCUUCCACUUCCAUGGUCGGGAUCCUGCCGGGGGGAGCGGGCGGCGUCCAGAUGAUCCGCUUCUCCCUGCUCUGGCUCUUUGUGCUCAAGAAUGCAGCACCUUUCCAAGUCACUGUCCGAGAAGACAAUUGUAUCAUAGUCUCAUUGGAAGCAUCUGAUGUGGUGAGCCCAUCCUCUGUGUAUGUUGUGAAGAUUACCGGUGAAUCCAAGAACUACUUUUUCCAGUUUGAAGACUUCAAUAGCACUUUACCUGCUCCUGUAGUUUUUAAUGCCAGCUACCAUGGCCUAUAUUACAUAGUAACUCUAAUGGUGGUGAACUCAAAUAUGGUUUCCAAGCCAUCUAGAUCAAUCACUGUGUUAACCAAACCUCUUCCUGUAAGCAGCGUUUCAAUCUAUGAUUACAAGCCAUCUCCAGAAACAGGAGUGUUGUUUGAAAUUCAUUAUCCAGAGAAGUACAAUGUUUUCACCAGAGUUAACAUAAGCUACUGGGAAGGUAAAGACUAUCGAACAAUGUUAUACAAAGAUUUCUUUAAAGGUAAAACAGUUUUCAAUCACUGGCUGCCAGGCAUAUGCUACAGCAACAUCACAUUUCAGUUGGUGUCAGAAGCAACAUUCAACAAAAGCACAUUAGUGGAAUACAGCGGUGUCAAGCAUGAACCCAAACAGCACAGAACAGUUCCAUACCCGCCUCGAAAUAUUUCUCUCCGGAUUAUACCUCUGAACAAAAAUAAUUGGGAGGAACACAGUGGGAAUUUCCCAGAAGAGUCAUUUCUGGCACCACAAGAUACAAUAGGGAAAGAAAAACUUAUCCAUUUUUCUAUGGAUCCACCUGAAAUUCCCACAACAAAUGCUUCUUGGCCAGAUUACCAUGAUAACAGCACCGAAUAUGAAACUGCAUCCCAACCAUACUGGUGGCCUAACGAAGCUGAAUUGUCAGAAAAUGAAGAUGAAUUCGUCAAUGCAGUUCCCAGUGAAUAUGAGAACACCAAUGCAGCCAAUAUGUCUGGGAAAUUUGUGCCAGAAUCUCCUCCCUUCCUCCCUGUGCAAAUGGUGCUGAGCUGGUUACCACCAAAACCACCCACAGCAUUUGAUGGUUUCCAUAUUAAUGUUGAAAGGGAAGAGAACUCCACAGAAUUUUUGACAGUAGGCGAGGAUACUCAUGAAUUUGUUGCUGAGCUGAAAGAAUCAGGAAAAUAUAAGUUGUCUGUGACAACGUUUAGCUCCUCUGGAUCAUGUGAAAUUCGAGGAAGUCAGUCAGCCAAAACACUUAGUUUUUACAUCAGUCCCACUGGAGAAUGGAUAGAAGAACUGACAGAAAAGCCCCGUCACGUCACUGUGACAGUGCUAAGUUCCACCACUGCCUUAACGUCUUGGAAAUCUUCACAAGAGAGCAGCAGUGACAACACAAUUAUUUCUGUGGUGUCAUUGACCUGCCAGAAGCAAAAGGAGAGCCAAAGGCUUGAAAAGCAUUACUGUACUGUGGUGAAUUCAAGCAGCAACAUCAUUGACAAUCUUGUUCCUGGUGCCCAGUACCAGGUUGUGGUUUACUUACGAAAAGGACCUUUGGUUGGACCUCCUUCUGAUCCUGUUACAUUUGCCAUUGUACCCACUGGAAUAAAGGAUUUGACACUCUACCCCUUGGGACCCACUGCUGUGGUUCUCAGCUGGAACAGACCCAACCUUGGCGUGUUUAGGAAGUAUGUUGUAGAGAUGUUUUACUUCAACCCAUCGACGAUGACCUCUGAGUGGACAACCUACUAUGAAAUAGCAGCCACUGUCUCCUUAACUGCAUCAGUGAGAAUAACCAACCUGUUGCCUGCUUGGUAUUACAAUUUCCGGGUUACCAUGGUAACUUGGGGAGACCCCGAAUUGAGCUGUUGUGACAGUUCCACCAUCAGCUUCAUAACAGCACCAGUGGCACCAGAGAUCACCUCAGUAGAAUAUUACAACCACCUUCUCUAUAUCAGUUGGACCUAUGGAGAUGACAGUACUGACCUGUCUCAUUCCAGGAUGCUGCACUGGAUGGUCAUUGCUGAAGGAAAGAAAAAAAUAAAAAAGAGUGUGACAAGGAAUGUGAUGACUGCAGUUCUGAGCUUGCCUCCAGGAGAUAUCUACAACAUUUCUGUGACAGCUUGUACUGAGAGAGGGAGCAACACUUCCACACCACAGCUAGUGAAACUGGAACCAGCUCCUCCAAAAUCAUUGUUUGCUGUCAACAAGACACAGACGUCAGUGACUCUGCUAUGGGUAGAGGAAGGAGUGGCUGAUUCCUUUGAAGUCUUCUGCCAGCAGGUUGGCUCACACCCAGAAAUAAAGAUCCAGGAACCUGUUACUGUUUCUUCACAUGUAGUGACUAUCUCCAGCUUAAUGCCUGCCACUUUAUACAACUGCAGUGUGACUACUUUCAGCCAUGAUAGCCCUAGCAUCCCCGCCUUCAUAGCUGUCUCCACUAUGGUUACUGAGAUGAAUCCCAACGUAGUGGUAAUCUCUGUGUUAGCAAUCCUGAGUAUCAUCCUGAUUGGGCUGUUACUUGUGACUCUUGUCGUACUGAGGCGAAAACAUCUGCAAAUGGCCAGGGAGUGUGGGGCUGGAACCUUUGUUAACUUUGCAUCAUUGGAGAGAGAUGGAAAACUUCCAUAUAACUGGCGUAGAAGUGUAUUUGCUUUCCUAACUCUGCUACCCUCAUGCCUAUGGACUGAUUAUCUUUUGGCAUUUUAUAUUAAUCCUUGGAGUAAAAAUGGAUUAAAGAAGAGAAAGCUGACCAACCCUGUCCAGUUGGAUGACUUUGAUGGCUACAUCAAGGACAUGGCUAAAGAUUCUGAUUAUAAAUUUUCUCUGCAAUUUGAGGAACUAAAACUGAUUGGCCUUGACAUACCCCAUUUUGCUGCUGACCUUCCCAUGAAUCGAUGUAAAAAUCGUUAUACAAAUAUCUUGCCAUAUGACUUUAGCCGUGUCAGAUUAGUUUCAAUGAAUGAAGAAGAAGGUUUGGACUACAUUAAUGCCAACUAUAUUCCUGGCUACAACUCACCACAGGAAUAUAUUGCAACCCAGGGGCCAUUGCCAGAAACAAGGAAUGAUUUUUGGAAGAUGGUCCUCCAGCAAAAAUCACAAAUUAUUGUUAUGCUCACUCAAUGUAAUGAAAAAAGAAGGGUGAAAUGUGAUCAUUACUGGCCUUUUACAGAAGAGCCUAUUGCCUAUGGGGACAUCACUGUGGAGAUGCUCUCAGAGGAGGAACACACAGACUGGGUUUAUAGGAAUUUCAGAAUAAGCUAUGCUGAUGAGGUGCAAGAUGUGAUGCAUUUUAACUAUACUGCCUGGCCUGAUCAUGGCGUCCCCACCACAAAUGCUGCAGAAAGCAUCCUGCAGUUUGUACAGAUGGUCAGACAGCAGUCCACAAAGAGUAGAGGGCCCAUGAUUAUACACUGCAGUGCUGGCGUGGGACGGACGGGAACCUUUAUAGCAUUGGAUCGGCUCUUACAGCACAUUCACGAUCACGAGUUUGUAGAUAUAUUAGGACUGGUGUCUGACAUGCGGUCUCAUAGGAUGUCCAUGGUGCAGACAGAGGAACAAUACAUUUUUAUUCAUCAGUGUGUGCAAUUGAUGUGGCAAAAGAAAAAGCAGCAAUUCUGUAUCAGUGAUGUCAUAUAUGAGAAUGUCAGCAAGUCCUAGUUCAGGCUCACAGGUGGUGAGAUCAUGAAGUAUGCCCAUCCUCCCUUGCUUCAGAUUCUUUUUUGUUUGAACUGCUAGCUGUUUUGCCAUGGAAGGCCACUGCUUCGCAGUAUGUGGACAAUAUAAGAAAGGUAUCGAGCAUUUUAGAAGCACUGGGGAGACUUAGCCUAAAAGACCUGGCAGUGUCUUUUUGGACUAUUUAAUUUCUGGACUUUUAAAAAAUACUGGACCAAAUUCAGCUGAACAACAUGAAGGAAAAGACACUAUGUGCAUAACUUACAGUACUCAAGAUAGUUGGGUUUUUGUUUUGGUUUAGGGUUUCCUGUGCAGGUUGGGCUUAAAGUUAAAGCAAGUGCAAUAUUUUUUUAAUGGUUGAAUGAAGAACUUUCUUCAUGUGUCACUGGUCUGUGCUAAAGUCCAUAAGAGAACAGGCAUUGUUAGUAUCUAAUAAUACCUCAUUAGUGAAUAGCAAAGCAUGAACAUACAGGAAGAACAGUGGAUUUUGCAAAAGAGAAGAUGGGGGCUUUUGAUUUGGCUGUUGACCACAGCACUAAAAGUACUGUGCUUCAGAGGACUGGCAAGAAUACAGUACCCGUGGAACUUGACUAACACUCCAAAAAUUCAAAUUGUAAAGUUCAAAGGUAGAGUAGAAGACCUAUGUUAGAAAAGUUCUGUUGUUCUCAUUCCUUGAUGUGCCCCUACUAAUUAAACAGCGGGAUUGUUCUUUUCUUUACCUUUAUAAGUAAUGCCACUGAGCCGGUUAUUUUUUUAGAUGAUCCUAAUCAAUAAGCAGAAAAAACUGAAGCUGGAACAUCUUUAGACUCCAUUACUGUAGUAUUAAGCUGUCUGAGUGGUCCAUAGUGCCUAUACCCCUCAUGCUUUUUAAUUUAUUAUUAUUAUUUUUAAAUAUUUUAGGCACCUCUGAAGAUGAUUCAGGUUGGAAAAAAAUGUGCUGCAAUAGAUGUAACUUAAUUUCUCUCAUGAGCCAGAAAUUCAUGAUGAUGUGGAAAUGAGGGUUCAGUCUGCCAAGUUAUGACUUUGAUAUGAAAGUGUCAAAACAUGGUAUGGAUUCCUUCAGGGACUUUGUGAUUUUUUUUUUUUUGCUGUCAGUUUCAUUUUAGUCAACUUGAGCUGUGCUAUAUUCUUUUUGGCUUUGUAUAAUUCUAGUACAUCAUUGUGUAUCGUGCUAUAGCUGCUGCCAGAAUGGAUGUUGAUGGCAUUUUGUAACCUGUUGUUUGUGUCACCUCAUUGGACAUUAGAGACGAUGGUACUCAUGUAAACAAAAUGAACAAAAAAAAGAGCUGAAAGUAAACACA